AUGGUAACCGGUAUCCCUGUACUGAGCGCCGAUUGUCCGACCGGGCCGAGAGAAAUUCUGGCACCCGGUACUGCAGACAUCCGCUAUUCAUUGGCUAAGACAGAGUACACAAGCUUCGGUGUUUUAUUGCCGAUGGUCGAUAAGCCGGGUUGUGAACAAGAAUGGGUUGCUGCCACCACCUUACUGUUAAGUAAAGAAGGGCAGGAACAGGCUACCGCGAUGAAAAUAGCCGCUGCUGCACGAAUGACCGAUUUUAGCAAGGAAAAGAUCAUAGAGCGCUGGAUGAAUGCGAUCAACAGUUUAUAA